AUGGAGAGGAAUAGCAACAACGCUCCGGAUCUGCCAUCCAGAAUGCCCGACAAUACUGCAUUCAAACAACAGCGGCUGCCAGCCUGGAGAUCUCACCUCUCAGCCUGGGCAGUCCUCCCUGGCUUCUUUACCACCGGAGCAUUCUUUCUUGGCAUGGGCGUCCUCCUCAUAUUAUCUGCAAAGAGCGUCAAGGAAAUUGAGGGCAAUGUCUACAUGUACUAUAAAUUACACAACUUCUAUCAGAACCUUCGCCGAUAUACUAUUUCCAGAAAUAAUCACCAGCUUUUGGGAGAAGAUAUUACGAAUGUUGAGAAUUGUGCUCCAUUCCAGAGGGAUUCAAAUGGUAUACCCAUUGCUCCUUGUGGUGCCAUUGCCAACAGCAUGUUCAAUGACACUAUUCUUCUGUCAUACUAUCCUCACUCAUCUACAAGAAUCAACGUCCCCCUUCUCAGCAGUGGGAUUACAUGGUGGACGGAUAAACAUAUAAAAUUUCAAAAUCCCAGAUCCAAUAAUCUUCCCAGUGCAUUUACAGGAACUACUAAGCCUCCUUACUGGAGGAAGCCUGUCUAUCAGUUGGACCCAGAGAAUCCAGAAAACAAUGGCUUCCUGAACAAUGACUUCAUUGUCUGGAUGCGGGUGGCAGCCCUGCCAACCUUCAAAAAACUGUACAGGCGCAUCCACAGGACAGGACCCUUUGUGGAUGGUCUCCCUGCAGGGAAUUACAGCUUCGAUAUAUCCUACAACUUCCCUGUAACCAAAUUCAGAGGAGAAAAGGGGGUUGUCCUUUCCACAGUGACAUGGAGCGGAGGGGGUAGCCUCUUUCUGGGUGUUGCCUAUUUGACCACAGGAGCAGUGACGUGGCUUGCUGCCUUUUCCAUGACCGCCGUUCACUUAAAAAUGAAAAAAAGAAAUAUAGUCUCCGAAAGUUAAAACUUGCCAAGGUCAAAGAAAAGAUGGAAAGAAUGAAGUCAGGGUACAUGGUCAGACCUUUCAAAACCUUGGUCAAAGGUCCUGAAAAGAAUUGUAAUGACUGAGUUAUUCUAACCAGAGUGAAUUGGAUUUAGUGACCAUGUUCCACUGC